GAUGAGCAAACUAUUAUAUUGAAAAUAAUGUGCAGCACGUAUACUUCGAGUUGUAUUAUGCAUAGCUUCAUUCUUGUACAUACUUGAGAUGAUUAAUAGUUCCGAAUUUACGGGUAAUUAGCAAAAGAAUAAGCUAAACUCAAACGUAGUUACUUUGAGAAAUUCGUUCGAAUCGUCUUGUUUUGUAAGGACAAGUAGCUACGAGGAUUAGCUUUACUAAGAGCAUUGCCGCGUUAGUGAGCUAGCUACAGUAGCAGGUCUUCGAAGCCCACUACUAGCAAUACAUACAAAAUCGUGUCAUCCUCUGAGAAUGUUUUCCUUUACUAGCUUCAUGCCAUGCCAGCGCUACAAACUUUGGAAGACAGAAAUACAUGCAAAAUAAGGUAUUCCGAUUGAUUAUUACAAGACCGACUUCAAUGUCUGGGGUCCAUCAUUGUGGGACUGGGAGCUGUUCCCACCAAGUUUCGUACCCCAGUGCGCACCAAACAUUGGAUGAAAUGGACUUCGAAAGAGGUAUCUGGUCUGCUGCAAUGGAUGGAGACUUGGAGAGAGUCAAGUCACUUCUCAAGAAGGGUGUGGACCCUAACAUAAGAGCUUCUGCCAAUUAUACUGCUCUGCACUAUGCAAGUCGCAGUGGGCAUGAAUCUGUAUGUAAGUUACUUCUUCAGAGCGGGGCAUGUGCCAAUCUCCAGACUCUGGGUGGGGCAACGGCUCUUCACAGAUCUGCCUACUGUGGACAUCUGGAUGUGGUCCAGCUUCUCCUUCACCAUGGGGCAGAUCCCCAGAUAUGUGAUGAUGAUGGAUCCUCCCCAUUACAUAAGUAUUUUGUGUGUUGGCACAUGAAACAGGCUGCAGAGCAGGAUCAUGAAGAGGUCUGCAGAUUACUUCUCCAGUACUGUCCUUCCCUCUGGGGCCACCCAAACAAUAAGUCCCUGGUACCAUAUCAGUUAGCACCAGAUGGACAUUUGAAGGAGCUUCUGAAACCCCCACAGUGACUGGGAUGUCCAGCUCAGCCAGAUCUUUUUAAAUUUUUUUGCAACAAGUGCAGCCCAAGGACACAGGUUGUAGACUAACGCCUCAGCAUGUUCCUUGCAAGUUGCUUCCCAGAAAAGUUUGCUUACAAUCUAUUGGUCCACACACAACAUUCUCUUAUCUGGAGCACUGCAAACAUUUGAUCUUCUACCUGGUCCCUGACUUGUAUUUCUUUUUGUUUGUUUUUGAUUCUGAAUUUUUAAAUAGUAUUCCUCAUAAAAAAAACAUAUAUUGAUGUAUAGUAUAUUGUGUCAAUGUAUGUAUUUUCCUAUGUACA